AUGAAAAUAAGCGAUCCACUGAUCAAGCAAAAAUCCAGCUCUUCGAGUGUCACGCCAGUCUUCAAAUGGAAAGUGCUUACUAUCGUCUUCAUCGUGAUUAGCGUUGCACUGCUUAUUGCUUUGAUAGUAGUAGCAACAAAGCGGACCAAACCCAAAUCGGCAGAUUCAGGAGUAUACACAAAAGCCACAGUACAAUCAUGCGCAGAUGGAAUGUCGAAUCCGACUAAGCCAGCGAAGUCCGCAGGUGUGUUUGACGACCUUACAGUCGAAGAAAUUGCCUCUGUUAGAGAUUAUCUUCUGAUGCAAGCAGAACUCAACCUCACCAGUUAUUUACAAGCUACUCUAAACAGCAACUACAUCUAUCUUAUACAGCUACUGCCUCCCUCAAAAGAUGAAGCCCUUGCAUACUUGGAUGGAGAUGGUGCCAAGCCUGAAAGGAAAGCUAUUGCGGUUGUAUUUCACGGUGCUAGUGACCCACCAGUGGUAAGAGAAUAUGUUGUCUCUCCCGCCUCUAAUCCAAACAAACAUGACAUCAGAAGAAUUCCUGGAAAGCAGAGGAAUUUUGUGCCAUUCAAUGCUCGCCCUUUCGACGCCUUCGUAGAGCAUACUGCUCUGCAUUCGGCAGUCUUGAAUAAUGCGUGUCAAACUCUCAAAAAGCUAAUGGAAGAAAGUUACGAUGGCUUCUCCUACAACGAUUGUGCCGAAAAGUGCCUGGAACCUGUUACCACCUCACCAAUGGGUUUUACGGGUGAAGACCGAUUCUCGUGGAUUUUUUUCAUUCGCAAGGUUACAGGCCAAUACACUUAUCCCCUUGAUCUUCAGCUGUUAGUUGAUCACUCAGGCGUAGACGCUACAAAAUGGAAAAUCCUGAAAGUCAUUUACAACAAUCAAACGUUUGAUUCUGUUGAUGAAUUAGUCGACGUAUACAACAAAGGCACUAUUCGCAAAAUCAAGAUACCAGCACCAAAGGGAAAAGGUUCACUAUUUUCAAGCUAUGAACGCAGAGGAGAUCCACAACCAUUCAAGCCUAUGCGAGGCCCUGAACUGUAUGAGCCUGACGGAAAGAGAUACACUGUCAGUGGACGCCACGUUAACUACAUGUCUUGGUCCUUUGAUUUUAGAGUGGAUUCAAACUUUGGGUUGCAAAUAUACGACAUAAAAUUCAACGGAGAAAGAAUCAUCUACGAGCUCAGCAUUCAGGAAGCCGCGGCCACGUACGGGGGAUACUAUCCAAACCCUUCCUGGAACAACUUCCUUGACGGUAACUGGGGAAUGGGUAAAAGUAGCUUUGAGUUGGUGCGAGGCGUGGAUUGUCCCAAUACCGCCACGUUCUUUGACCUAGUGCACAUGAUCGGGGCUCCAAACCCGCUGACAUUUCACAACGCUGUCUGCGUGUUCGAGUUGAACACUGGAAUGCCCUUGCGACGACAUUAUGAUAACAAUUUUAUGGGGGGCUAUCGGUUCUACGGUGGAAUGGCUGACCAGGUUCUCGUUUUACGUACAAUUUCCACUGUAUACAACUACGAUUACGUGUUCGACUUUAUCUUUUACCAAAAUGGUGUCAUAGAAGUCAAGGUUUCACCAUCUGGUUAUGUCUGGGGUGCGUUCAUCGACUCAAACACUGAUCCAUACGGGUAUAAACUUUACGAACACUUGACUAGUGGCACACACGAUCAUCUUUUCAACUACAAGGUUGACUUAGACGUUGGUGGAAGAAAGAACUCUUAUGAGACAAUUGAGAUCGGAAUAGAAAAUAUCACAGAGCGGUGGUUUCCCAACAAACGGCGUAUCCAAAAGGUUCUAAAGCGCAGCGUCAAAAACACAGAGUUAGACGGCGCUUAUAAAUUUAACUUUGAUACUCCAAAAUAUCUGAAUUUCUUUAAUGAUGCAGAGAAGAACAGGGUGGGCGUGAAGAAAGGAUAUCGCAUACAACUGGGAGGAAUACUGAAACAAUUGUAUCCUGAAGACUGGAUGAUGGUAUCCAUGAUGAGUUGGUCUCUUUACCAAAUGGCUGUCACAAAAUAUAAAGAAAAUGAGACGCAGAGCAGCUCCAUCUACAACCAGAACGCCCCUGCAGAUCCACAGGUUAGUUAGACUGCAAAACAGUUCGUAUUUUUGCGUAUUCAAGUACGCGCAAGACUCUUACGCUACGCCUUACCCAUUUCUUUACUGAUUUUGAGAAAAAAAAAAAGACUGUUUUGCAGUUUACAGGUUAGUGAAGGGGAGUGGGAGGGAGAGUGUACAAGAAGCAGUGUCCUAUUAUCCCUGAGGCUCUACCUCUCAUACAGCCUAGGUCACAGUUUGUAUAGUUAUUUAGCUAUUUAUAGAUUUAUCUUUCGCGCAAAAAACUCUUACAGAAUCAGAUUAGUGUACGAUCUCUAUCAGUAGCAGAUGAGAUCAGCAAGGUGACGAGCAAAGGGCUUGACCAAAGAGCGGUUAUCUAGCAGAUCAACUGCCAUAUUGAAUUGUGCGGAUGUUUAAGAACACAGUUUUUUAAAUUAAAAAAUAGACUUAAGGUCUUAAGUGCCGUGAUACUCAUUAGACGUUUCGUGGUGAUGGUCUCUUGAAUGGCAAGGACCAAAAACUUUGGCGACUGAGCUCGUUUCAUCAUUUCUUAAGAUCUUCACUGAAUUCAUUCCAUCCUCGCCUCUGUCAUUUUUCCUAGAAUGUUUUUAACGUCUUCUUCAAUAGAAAAUUUAAUAUUUGCCAAAAAUUUUAUCCCCACAGCUGGAUUUCCGUCAGUAUCUUUUAGAUAACGACUCCAUCUUGAACGAGGAUCUAGUUGCCUGGGUGACCGUCGGCGCGAUUCAUGUGCCACAUUCAGAAGAUCUUCCUAACACGGCAACAGCUGCUAACUCGGCCAACUUCUUCAUCAGACCUUUCAAUUACUUUGAUGAAGAUCCUUCUAUUGGAUCCACUAAUGCCUUGCUGAUCACACCUACAAUGCAAGGUGGUCAAAAGGUGGAGCGUUAUGGUACUCCAGAUGGUCCCCAAUGUGUACCCAAGGAAAACAAACUUGAUUUUGAUGGUUACUAUUUUCGUUUUUAAAUCGUAUUGAGUACCUAUGGCUCUUGCUUCCAGUAUUUUAAUAAGAAAUGUGCGGGUACCUUGUUCACUUCAAAUAUUAAAAAAAAACAUUUUAAAAAAAAUAUUUUUUAUAUCUUUGUACACUUUGAUUGCUUGUUUUAAUAUUUUUCAUUUUUUUUGACCGAAGAUGUCUCUUUGUAUCCGCUAUUAUGCUAUUAUCGUUAGUACUGAAGCCAUAUUGAGUGACAUUGUUGUUUUAUUUUUUCCAAUAUUUCCGACCUGUGCGUGUGUGUCUUUUCAAUUAUAUUUUGUCCCUGCGUGUGCAAUCGAAAAAAUCGCCAUCAAUAACAUUAAAGUCGAUAAGAAAUUUAUCAGUUGUAUCGGAAAUCGAUAGAAUUCCAUGGAGGAAAAAUUGUGACCGAACAGUGAAAGGUCGAAUUAGUUAUUUCUAUUAUGUUACGUUUCCUUCAUUUUUAUUUCUUUACCAGGCUGUCGAUUUUAAAUGUAACCCUUUAGUUAGAAUGUUGAGUUAUUUUGUCAAAUAAAUCUCGAAGCUAAUGUCGUGACCCUCAAACGCAAUACAGUAAUUUACUGAUGCCCUAGCUUAUACAUAACACAAGAACCGAAAAUCCAUACGUUAAACUAAUAUGCUUUUUCGGCCUUAAAACAAAGCCCAGAAUGGAUCGGACUCGCAUAUGAAAGAUACUGGAAAUCUCAUUGCCUGUUUUAGUACUGGUCUAAAGCAUGAUUGAUUCCCAGAUUGGUGCCCAGUUUUACUUUUUUGACGAGCCAGUCCUCGUAACAUUCAUACGGGAAUAUGAGGAGCCAUGUAAGACCCUCUGAUUUCUGAGUCAGUGUAAUGCGAUGCAAUGUCUUUUCCACCAAAAGAGAAUUCAUGUAUCUCCCAUAAAGUCCUAAUUCCUAAGAUGCGAUCAUCCCUCUCAUAAUCUCAAGCAACACUCAGAGUUGGAAAUCACCUUGAGAAAGAGUAUCAGUGGAUUUGUCAUUUACAUUUCUUAAUUUGGCGGUUUUCAGAUUGGCUCUCCGAGAAACGCCUUAGUCAGAUAUUCUAAAGUAAUACCUAAGUUUUGCAUGAAAUUUGUGACGGAAUUCCUUUGCCUUAAAUCGCAUGAUCCGAAAAACUGUGAAAACUUAUUAUGAUACUUGAUACUGUUAAAACGUUUCAGGGUUUAUUGUACGUAACUUCGACAUGUUCAAGUCAAAAUGUCAUUUAAACCUCAGCCACUCAGUUAUUCGCUCCUUUGCGGCCAUGCCUUUAGCCCAUUUUGUUUGCAACCUUUUCAAGGCUUGAUCUGGCACGAACCGCGCGUAGACAACAUUCAUGUCACGCGGGUAGGCAAGAGGUAGGUCAUGCCCGCCGUGAUGUCAAGCGUCUCACACGACAAGAAAGAAUUGCGUGACAGCUUUUAGCUGACCUUUGCAGGGAUAAAUCAAUAUUUCUGUUUUUGUUUGCGUCCUAUACUCUUUUACAGAUGUAAGGUUAAAAGAAAUAUUCACCCUUGGAUUGCAUCUGUUCCUAUGUUGGGAGAUUUGCAACUAACCGCAAGGAGAAAGUACUGGUAACUUGUCACCAUUUCCCCCUCUGUCAUGUCUUUAUGUCAUUCAUUCUGGCCGCAGUAGUGUGGCGGUCACAGUGCACUGUUCAAAAAACAAAGGAAAAGGGGAUAUAUGAAGUGAAUUUCACGAAUUUUCAGUAUUACGAUUAAUUGCUGUGGAAAUGUCGAAUCCGGAAGUAGCGCCGACCAAGCGAAAAGCAGAGCUUGAGAGCUGCGGUGAUGAAAAUUCGAAAAAAUCGAAGACAGAUUCAUCAACGCCGCUUGAGUCGCCGGGUCAGGAAAAUUUCCCGGAGAAGUACUUAAAGGACGAAACCUUAGCUGACACAACAUCCGAGGAGGCCACAGAGAGCGACGAAGUCCAGGUAAGGUGGAUUGAGAGCAAUUCCAUGAGACGGCGCGUUCUUGGCUGAUUCAUGGGGAUCGAAUUUCGUUUGAAGGGUUUUUAUACGGCCAAUGCGACUAAUGGGUUAAAUAUUCUAGGAGAUGUAAUUAUUUUGGAUUAAUGUUAAAUUACAGCGGAUCAUGAUGGACAGAAAGAUGUAAAUUCAGUUUCAUUUAUGGUCUUGCUCGUGAUCGCAGUAAGAUUUAUUUUUCAAGUGAAAUGUUUAAAUGACAGUUUUUUGAUGCAAAUGAUCCCUCGCACGGACUAAAGAUCGGGCUGCAUUCUAUCUUUUGUUCUGUUGUUUCCGGUUCUUUCUGGCAAAAAUAAUUUAUUUGAGGCGAAAAGAUCAAUGGAAAUUGAUAAAAGAAAAUUUGAGUCCACUGACAGCCGAAAAUGAGUAAAGUAGAACGUUGAUAGGUCUUGACAUUCAUACUAGCCACAGAUCAAUAAUUGCAGCGUCCUUUCGCGGGAAAUCAACAUUUUUGGACGAUAUGAACAAGCUGUAAAUAAUAUCAGUUUUCGCUUUUUGCGCUUUUGUUAGAAAAUAUGUGAAAUAAUGUCUUGUUACUCGAUGUGAAUCACGUAUUCGAAGGAAAUUGGAAUAAAGUUGUUUUACUAGAGGUCUAGAGCGCAAGAAAAACGUGUAGUUUGAAGCUCGUGGUAAAAAAAAAAUUCUGUAAGCUUUACGAUGUUUUUUCAACAGAUGAUGAUUGAAGGAAGGAAACUGUCAAUUGAUACUGUUGAUCGGAUUGCAGGAAAGAAAUAUAACUGUUCAACCAAAUUAUUCUUCACCACAUGAGGGAUUCACUUUCAACCCAAUUUAAUUUGCAAAUUUUCUUUGUCUUUCACUUCUAUUUUAAAAUUUUGAAACAGAAAAAGUUCAUAAAAAUGUCAAUAAGACAGCUUUUAACGAAAUUAUUUGCCUUCAUUAUUUGAGAUGAAUAGAUUAAACAGUCCAUGGCUUCAUUUUAGGAUAGUGAAUUGAUGGUACUGUGAAGAUUUCAGCACACACUCCAAUUUAAAUACCUGUCGAUUGUGUUGCUUAUAUAAAAUAUCAGACAAUGUAUUUCAGAAUAUUACUAACUACCUAAGUAAUAAAUUGCUUCCUGCUUUUUAGGCAAUUUAAUAAACUAUUGUGUUUCUCAAAGAAGAGCACAUGUUAGGUUGAGGUUAAACUUGUAAACUUCGGUCCAAAACGAAAAAUUUAAAGCAGAGUUGUUGUAAUAUCUCAUGAUGUUCAAGGUAUUUAGUCAGCUGGAUUUCAAAUUUGUGAAUUUUUGAAUUCACAAAUUGAAUGUUCUUGUAUUCAUGUGAUAAUUCUUUUCAAUCGUUACAUCUUUGAUCUCCAGAAAGAGCUUACAAGAAGAUAAUUAUCAAUUCAGAUAGAUAGAUUUUUUUAAGAAUAGACAAUGGAUAGUGAUUUUUCUGUAGUGAUACAUGGGCUUUAAAAUUGCUAUCAGAGGUAAGUGAAUGCAGUGGGUGGGAUUUCUGGGAUGUUUUGUAACAGUGUAUUUUGAUAUUUUAUCUUCGUUUUUAGUGCAGAAAUAUUUGACAAGUACUGCCAUUAUCAAGAAAUUCUAUCUUUUACUUCUUGAGAUAAUUUCCGGAGAAAUGAAAUAUUAAUUGGUCUAAUAUUAACUUAAGGAUGUGUUUUGAUUCCAAAGUUAACCUCUCCAACUUACACUCUAGACCUAUUUUUGGGUUCAUAAAUUAUUGUUUUCCUUUCUCCUUGGUUUCUCUGAUUAAUUAAUAUUUGUGAGUUUAUCUUAUAGUCUUAUGGUAUUAGGGACAGUGCAAUUAUUUCAACUGGGAGAGGGGGUGCUCGACAACUUGUGCUAGAGACACAAGUUUAUUGGAGGGGGAGUCUUUGGGCUUCCUCCCCCAGAAAACUUUGAAAUCUGGAGGCACAGAAAUGUUAUUUUCAACAUUCUCAAUGAGAUCUUUACUGGGAUGCCUGUGGUACAGCCCAGUUAUGAAAUGGGCUCGGUUUUUCCUUCUGGCACAAACUGCACUCUGGCGUGUUCAGCGCAUGCGCAAGAUAUGAGGGUAUGCGUAGAACCGGUCAGCGGACUUCAGCAGAGUACAUUUUAUUAGGGAGCUCGAAGCGAAUCAAAGCUAUAGGCAAUCUAUCUUUGGUGGAAGCAUAAGAAUGCCAAAAAUACAAAUGAAAACGCUUUUGAUGGUAAGCCCACAGUAAACACAGUUUUGUAUCAACCAUCAACAACACUGGAAUUAUCAAUCAUGUAUUUAUAGUCUCAGUUCAAACAGUUUAAAGAGACCUGUGGGUUGGGGUGGUGUCUGGCAUGGGACUGGGUUGAGCAGGCUUACUUCUUCCUUUCAUACACUGUCAGCUGUCUGUUGUGGUAAACUUUUCAUUUCCAUACAAAUUAUACAUUAUUUCUAUCUAGGCUAGGUUUUAUAGCAGCCCAGUAUACACCUUCUGGUGUUGAUCUAGUUCUUUAAAAAAACUUAACCUGGAUAAGGUGUAAAAUGACAGGUACUCCUAGUGCUUAUAGCAUGUACCUUAUUCUUAAACAAAAACAUUUUUCCUCUAGAAAAUCCCCUUCCCUCCCUUGCUCCACUGUCCCUGCAAUGGCUUGGGUCACAUUAACCCCUUUACGUCAUCCGUAGGAGUUUUCUAAAGAUGUAUAGGGGUUUUGAUCCAGUCUGUUCCGAUCCAGAUUUUGGUGGUUAAAAAAAUCUUAGUGUUCAUAUGGGUGCAAUCACCAAAAUGAUGUUGGUAAUACAAAAGAUUUAAAAGACAGUGAAGAAUACUCAUUAUGCAACACAAAAGUGAACUGGCAAUGGUUUGCACAGCACCAAGAAACAUACGGAUUUUGAUAUAGCAUUUUAAAUAGGAAGCAAAAAAGGUAGUUUAACUUCACAGUUUUUUGUGUGGACUUUAUCAUUGGUCUUUGAAGUAUUUAGGUAUAGUCCACUGAAGCAGCACUAUACACAUCAUGAUUAAAUUUGCUUUUUUGCAUCUAAUCUUAAGGCAAACACAGAAGCUGUGAGCACAUGUGGUAGGCUUCUUAUUAGUGGUGGAACAAACUGGGACAUGAUUGGACGAAAAGAGGUCCCAAAAUCUGGAGGUAGGUGGAUAUAAACUAAUGUUUGUUCAUUCUUCAAGUUGGCAAUCUUCCAACUUUAUUCUUAAUCAAAAUAAUACAGAACUCUCCAGAAAAUUAUAUAUUCUUGAUGUUUUUAAAUGCAAUAAAUUUUACCCUUUACAUUGCAUGUGUGUAUUUAUGCUGUAUAAGUACCUCAUGUAUGCAAUCUUUACUGUUGAGUAGUAUUGACUAGUGAAGUUGAUUAAAAUACUUAAAAAUCAAGAGGGUAAUCCUGACCUUUCAAAAUAUACAGUGUGUAACUGUGUAUUGUCCUGUAUUCCACUGAGGCGUGUUAUUAAGAAACCUGGACUUGACCAAACCGUUGUUUGUACAUGUAAUAUUACUGUAUUAGAGGAUGGUAAUUUAUAAUUACAUGGUUGUUCUCUUACAAAACCUGAAGGGAGCUCAAUAAUAUGAACCUGUGAAAUCCAGCAUAGGAUUUCUUUGAAAAAAAAAAACGAACAAAAAAACUAACAUUUUAUAGCCACCAAAAAGCAAAAGUAUGGCUCCAGGGGUCACCAUGUGCUGACAAAGCAUGCCGCCGCUCUGGUAUGGUAUUUUAUUGAUUUAUAAUAAUUAUUAUUAUUUUUAUAUGAAAUACAUAUAGAUUAUAACAUUGAUUACAAGUCAUUAUUAGGCUGCUAAAUUUCCACAACUGCUGUUACUUUUGAUUUGAAUGCAGCAAAUGCAGGAGGGCCUAACCUGUGGGAACCACACAGUAUUUCAUCAUUAAACAACAUCAGAGUCCAGCAUGUGGCAUCAGGACCUAGUGCUUGUCACAGUAUUAUCAUUUGCGAGGGUGGAACUAUCAUGAGUUUUGGUAUGUGGUGUAGGGUUAAUAAUUAAUUUUUUUGCUGAUAUUGAUUUAAGAUUGCCAAGCCAAAAGUGUAGCACAUGCUAUUGCAAAAUCAUCAUCAUAAUUGUCGCCAUCAUCAACAUCAUCAUCAUCAUCAUCAUCGCCAACACCACCAUUACCACCACCACCACCACCACCACCACCAUCAUCAUCAUCAUCAUCAUCAUCAUCAUCAUCAUCAUCAUCAUCAUCGUCAUCAUCGCCAACACCACCAUUACCACCACCACCACCACCACCACCACCACAUCUCAUCAUCAUCAUCAUCAUCAUCAUCAUCAUCACCACCAACACAACCAUUACCACCACCACCACCACCAGCAUCAUCAUCGUCAUCAUCACCAACACCACCAUUGCCACCACCACCACCACCACCAUCAUCAUCAUCAUCAUCAUCAUCACCACCACCACCACCACCACCACCACCACCACCAUCAUCAUCACCAUCAUCACCACCAACACCACCAUUCCACCACCACCACCACCACCACCAUCAUCAUCAUCAUCAUCACCACCACCACCACCACCACCACCACCACCACCAUCAUCAUCGUCGUCAUCAUCAUCAUCAUCACCAACACCACCAUUACCACCACCACCACCACCACCAUCAUCAUCAUCAUCAUCAUCAUCAUCACCAACACAACCAUCACCACCACCACCACCACCAUCAUCAUCAUCGUCAUCAUCAUCAUCAUCACCAACACCACCACUACCACCACCACCACCACCACCACCAUCAUCAUCAUCAUCAUCAUCACCAACACCACCAUUACCACCACCACCACCACCAUCAUCAUCGUCGUCAUCAUCAUCAUCAUCACCAACACCACCAUUACCACCACCACCACCACCAUCAUCAUCAUCACCAUCAUCAUCAUCAUCAUCAUCAUCAUCAUCAUCACCAACACCACCAUUACCACCACCACCACCACCACCAUCAUCAUCAUCAUCAUCAUCACCAACACCACCAUUACCACCACCACCACCACCACCACCAUCAUCAUCAUCAUCACCACCAACACAACCAUUACCACCACCACCACCACCACCAUCAUCGUCGUCAUCAUCAUCAUCAUCACCAACACCACCAUUACCACCACCACCACCACCACCACCAUCAUCAUCAUCAUCAUCAUCAUCACCAACACCACCAUUACCACCACCACCACCACCAUCAUCAUCGUCGUCAUCAUCAUCAUCAUCACCAACACCACCAUUACCACCACCACCACCACCAUCAUCAUCAUCACCAUCAUCAUCAUCAUCAUCAUCAUCAUCAUCAUCACCAACACCACCAUUACCACCACCACCACCACCACCAUAAUCAUCAUCAUCAUCAUCAUCAUCAUCAACACCAUCCUCAUCAUUAUCUUCUGUGCAUUUUAGAGUCUAACGUUAUUUUAACGGUUUCUUUUUGCUAGGUCGUAAUGACAAAGGUCAGCUUGGCCAUGGUGACACAAUCCGCUGCAAUAAGCCAAAGGUCAUAGAGAGUUUAAAGACCUACACUUUUGUGCAGGCCAGUUGUGGAAAAGCACACACUUUGGUCCUUACAGGUUAGGAAAAGUGGCUAAGGAAUAAAAGGAGUCAACGCUUAGCUUUGGGUUAUUGUUUCUUGCUUUGUUUCAUAUGACAUGUAAGUUAUUUUAUUUUUCAGCUGAAGGCAUCUUAUUUGGAUUUGGAGACAAUAAAAUGUCACAGCUGGGCCAAGGUCAUCAAAAGCCCAUUAUGCCGAAGCCUGUCCAGGUACAGGAUACCCAUCUAAUUUAAUCAUUUCCGUUAAACAGAAACACAGCCUUUCACCAUUAUGGUCCGUCUUCGACUUGGCCCAGUUUUCGUAUCUUUCUAGUUAAACAACACUUCCAAAUACCAAUUUAGAUUUGAGAGCAGAAACACUCAUUGGAAAAGUUCAGCUUAAGAGUUCUCAGGUGUUUCCUGGCAGAGUUUUAAACGCUAUCUACAUUUUAACUGUGCAGAAAUGACCCGUUCUACAGGAAAAAGUUUCCGUCUACUAUUUGAGAAAGCGAAAUGCACCGGCUGCAUCAGUGUUCUACACCUUAUAACUUGCAGGUUAAUUAAAUAUAGGCAAAGAUUUUUAGCUGUAAUUUUCUUCCUUUUUCUCUCACGUAACAGAUUGUUCAUCCAGGAAACAAAAAGAUCAUCAAAACAGCUUGUGGUGCUGAAUUUAGCAUGUUUAUUGACGAAAAUAACUUACUCUACUCGUUCGGUCGCCCUGAAUAUGGGCAGCUUGGACAUAACACAGACGGGCAGUACUUCGUCACGGCCAAUAAGUUGGCGUUUGACUGCGAGGUUCUUCCUCGUCACGUUGCUGUCUUUGUGGAGAAGACAAGAGAUGGCUUGACGCACGUUUUGGAUGAUGUCAAGAUUGUAGAUGUAUGUUGUGGUAAUAAUCACACGGUAAGAUUUUUCUCUCUCCAUACAAUCGAUUGUGUCUUAGGCCUCGUUCACACGUAUUCAAAUAUAUUUUCUCCGUUAAAAAAACGCGUCCAUACUUACCGUAUUUGAAUCCUUUACUCCCGUCCACACGAAAACGCUACUGAAAACGACAGAAAUACAGUAGCGACCCUUUCAGAGCAUGCGCCGUAUGAUGUAUGAUAUCAUCCUACUGGAAAAUCUCCGUUUUCGUCCGUCCGUACGAAAAUAAAUCUGGCAUUUUUAGGCAAACUUUCUGGCAAGUUUUAAGUGAACACUAUUUAGGUAUAGUGCCGCUAAGAAGUAAAUAUCAAGUUUAUCUAGCCAGAAGGCUUUGCGCGGGGGAGAGCCUUGGUUUGUCCCAUAGGCGAGGAAACCAAGCAAACGAAGCCUCUAGAAGUGUGAAUAGCGAUUGUCAUCCCAAGAGAAAACUCGAUAAUCUCUCCUCAGUCUAUUCGAGCCUGCCUACCGUUUAGAUGAGCCAAGUGGACUGUUAGCAGGCUCGACAGCUGUCUGUAAGGCCAGCGGUCUGUUUGUCUGUUGCUCAGCCGGUGAGUCGUUUGACAGGGUGGAAAUGGCGAUGUUGUCACCAGCAGACGAUCUAAAAAUAGUGUGGUCCUCAGUUAGCUCUGCGCGCUCAAAACACUGUACUUUACUAAGAAAAAAAUCUCGCUGUUUUGGCCUUAUAAUCGUUUGUCAGUUGUGUAAUUUUUUUUUUCCCAGAUUGCAAGAGACACAAAAGACAGGGUAUACACUUGGGGAUUUGGAGGUUAUGGCCGCCUUGGUCAUUACCAACAAAAAGACGAACUGGUUCCUAGACUCGUGAACUACCUCAAAGGAAAAAGUAAGUAGAAAUAUUCAUUUUUUGGAGAUUUCUCUCUCAGCGAAAGGGGACCCUAAGAACUCGCCAAAAUCACCGGGCAGAAAAAGAACCGUGAGAGAAUCAAGUCUUUUUCGAGUUUACGCGAAAAUACUGUCAACAUACCCACUGAACCUAUUGUGCCGCAAACUAUUAACGUAGUUAUGUGACAUUGUUUCAAUAUAAUACAGCAGUUGUUCAAAAAUUUAGAUUUGACUUACCGUAGCUGACUUGAUAGAGUAAGUUGUCCACAUUAGUACAAUCCAAAAUGCAGCUUUUCAAGCCUUAGUUCUGUCUCGGCAGGGUAUUUGAAGAUGGAAAGAUGCCGGCUUUUAAUCCACUGUAAAAAAGCCAGUGUAUUUUUUCUAUUCAUGUGAUAAAGGAAAAUUUUUGGGUUAGUUCAAUCGCAGGUCGAGUUAGCCGCAGGAGCUGUGUCACGAAAUUUAUCAAAAUUUAAACAGAAGGAACGGCCACCGAAUUGAUAGCCUGCGUAGCUGGCGGUAUUGUGUAGUAGUCGAGUGAGAUUUGGCGGCCGAACCGUUGUAAUAUAGUCGAGUGAGAUUUGAGCGGCGAAGCCGCGAGAAAUACCAACUGCCUCGUCCCUACUUCCUUUUUUUGGAACACGGCUCCGCUGCCACAACUUUAAUCUCGCACCCACACAAUUCCGCCAGCUACGCAGGCUACCGAAUUGAAAGAAACAUUAAACAGGGGCAUCCAACGAUGGUUUCCUCCUAAAUACAUUAAAAACACCUUUUAGGCUAUCCAGAGUACUUUUAGAUAUCUAGAAAUGCAUUCUAAGCGGUGCUAUAAAAUUUGUAUCUGUUCAUUAAUCCGAGGGGAGCUUGAGUCUUUUCGAAAUUACAAGGGCUUGAGUAUUAUUUUUCCGAAAAUUUUAGGUGAGGUUUGACGUACUACGAAAGAGAGACAUUUGUUAUAUGAGGCGUUUAUUUGGAAGUGGGCUUUUAUUAGGUCACUUACGGUAACUGCUAUUAAAAGCAAAAUGAACAAGGUAGCCUUGACAGUCACACAGCCUCUUUAACCUUACCCGACAUCUCUUUUAGGUGUUUCAUCUGUUCAUGCUGGUUCCACAUACAGCAUGUCACUCUGUGGGGUAAAGAAUUCUCAGUUAUUUUUCUGGGGUCAGACGAAGAGUACAGGUGAUGCGACCAUGUAUCCUAAGCCAGUUGGCGAUAUGUGUGGCUGGGAUGUACGCAGUGUUGGCUGCUCGUAAGUAUCCAGUAAUUUAAUAUUUUGCACUCAUUACCCCGCCUUGCAUUAGGAAUAGCCUUGCUACUGUAGCUGCGGGCAAUACUUCUGUAAUAUUAUCUUUGUUUAGUUGUUGUUUUGUAACCAUAAUAACCUGUAAACUUAUUGAGCAAUAGAAAGAUUAGUCAGGUUUUCUCCCUAUCUGAUUGGCUGAAAUUCCCCAGAUUAUUCUUCACAACCAGCUAGCGUUUACCAUAUUUGGAAGACGUUUUCCGAUAUCAGAACAAUUGAAAAAGGAACGGAAGGCGCGGUAGCGCAGCGUUUUGGAAAGGCUGGAGAAAAUGGCGGAUGAUAGAAAGUGUCAGUAUGAACGCGGUGUCCGUAUUAAAACAUGAACCGUAAUAAUGAGAUGUCCAAAACUUUAUCCAAUAAUUGUUUAUCAUUUUAGAUAUGAGGCUGAUUUAGCAACAGGACGUGAACGUCAGUUGACGACGGGAAAGCGCGCGGAAAGGACUAAACACGACUUCCGCUGCUCAAUUUGCCGCUCUGCCACUGGUCAAGCCAGUUGUUUGAUUUGCGCUCGCCGUCGUCAACUGAUGUUCCCGUUCUGUUGCUAAAUCAGCCUACUUUACUUGCGGACAGGUGCCCUGGGUGAGCGUAGUGAGUGACGCGGGAGCUCCCCCCUCCCCCUUCCCACCCUAUUCUCUCCCUAUCUGCUCGCGCUUUCUUCAAUACCCCGCCUCAAGAAAUCUUGUCCACGGGGACCCGGGGACCAUGGGCUGUAACGUGAUGGACUCGGUAAUUCAUCUCCCUCCCUCCCGGAUUCAAACCGAUAUACUCAAGUGUUAAAGAGGGGGAUUGUUUUCAGGGAGGGGCAGGAGAGGGAAGGGUUCAAGGAAGAGGGUGGGGCUAAAUUGUUGGAACCACUUAGCAAAUAAGCUUUUUCAUCCGAAAAUUAAGAAUGAGAGUCAAACUUUUCCUACUCAACUUGACAGCGACAGAAGCGAUUGGUGCUUCAUUUGUAAAGGAAUUUGCUGUGUAGCCUGCAGAACAGGCGCUUAAUCAGCCAAGCAAGACGAACGCGAAAAGCGCGAGACCAGCAUUUUUUUUUUCUCCUCUUGUCUCGCGCUGUGCGCUCGUUUCGUGCUUCACGCAAAAUGCCGUGUUUUCCUCGCUCGGUUCAUAAAGCGUCCGUUAUACAGCCUAUUUUCUGUGUCACUCCUCGUGAACAGGUUUUGAUGCGUACCACUGGCCAAAUGAUUAAACGUAACUUAUGAGAUUGUAUUUUUUUUCGAUAGCAAAACGAGUAUUGUUCUCGCCGCAGACGAUAGCGUAGUCAGUUGGGGACCGAGUCCUACCUACGGAGAACUGGUAAGAAGCUGACGUAUGUACUAAAUUAGCGUUGGCUUUUUUCAGUGGUCCACAGACCGCAGCAGGAGAAGCUCAGUCACGGCAAGAACACUUGUCUAAAGAGCGAGAGGUCGCGCGUUCGUUUCCUGGAGCGGGACCAAUACUCAGGGCCUAAAAUAUCUUAGAAAUGAAAAAACAGCCUUUGCCCUGCAAACGGCUAAACCUUCCUGGGGUUCGGAUGACCACGUAAAAUUGCGUUUUCUUCUGCACAAGAAGAUGGAAAAAUUGAAUUCUCUUAUACUUUCGUGCGUAACAUAUUGACACUCAAAUAAACUGCGUUUUCUUUUUUAUUCAGUAGAAAUUAAGCCAAACUUUCCAAACCAAGGGAAAGAAAGUCAACAACUGUUAACCGUCUAAAGAGUUUUGUUCCCUGAUAGCCUAUAGCCCGUCACGCAAUCUCUUCUUCUCGUUGGGAAAGAAGAGAUUACGUGACGAGCCAAAGGAAUGCCUCCAUGGGAGGCUAUGGAACCUUAAAGGGAACCUCCACUCUUACUACAGAAUAAGUUUAAGUCGAAUAAAAUUAUGUUGAUAAACAAAUUUGUUCGAAAUUUGUCUUAAAAAAAGUGUUUAUAUCAGGAAAAGUGAAUUUUAAAAUCGCUUAUUUUCACUUUCAAAUUUCGCGGGCGCCGCCAUCUUGAAUAAUUGUGACGUGUUACGGUUGCUCUAUUGUUCUGACACAAAGAGCUUUUGUUUAAUAACAAUAGGGCAACCAUUACACGUCACAAUUAUUCAAGAUGGCGACGCCCGCAAAAUUUGAAAACAAAAAUAGGCGAAUUUAAAAGUUAUUUCUUUCGGAUACAAACGCUUUCUUUAAAAAUACUUUAGAUUGACUUGACUGUAACAGUUAUUUCCUGUGAUUUAAAGUUAUCUUUUUGUUGAAGUGGAGGUUCCCUUUAAGUUUGGCGGGGUGCUUUUAGUAAGAACGCAUCUCCAUUUAGAGUACACAAACGUCCAUCUGAGAAAAAAGACACUUUAUCUUUAGGUCUCGAAUGCUGUUGUUAUCUCUUAGGGUGCAUUGAUUUUUGGAGUGUGUCACAGCAGUACUUAUUGUAGGCCUUACUAAGCUUCCCAUAUAACACCCUUGCUUGUAUAAAGGCUGUCUGAUUAUUUAAGCAAUAGACAACACUUUCUAUGGGUUUUCCGGCGUGAUAACGCACGCAGGAUGUUGGGAGAACACUAGAAAAGCUUGUUUACAAGUAGGUUAUCACGCCGGUAAAUCACCAUAGGCUUUUAACCAAUUAGAACGCGCGUACCAUCUUAGUUAUUUUAUAAAUAGAAAUAUAUUCUCCCUUUGCGGAAGAAUUGUCACUUGUAAUGAUAAUAGCUGCAUUCUUAGUAGUGAGUAGUUGUUUUUUUUUUUCUCAGGGAUAUGGGCUUAGAAAAGGAGGACAAAAAUCAUCAACAAACCCUAAGAUUGUAGAACCACUGGAAGGCAUCUACGUUCAGGAAGUAGCGUGCGGUUACGGCCAUACAUUGUACAUAGCACGUGAUGAGGAAACCGAUUUACCGUUACUGAGCAAACUCCCAGUCUACGAUCCUGACAAGGUAAGGGUCUUUUUCAUAAACCUUUAACCCUUAUAUCAAAAAUUAAAUUCUCAUUGUUGUCUGUAUACGUUUCUCAUAGAAAGAAGAGAAGUUGUUGAAGUAUCAAUUGAAUUCAUCUUGUGUGAUCAUCUCCUUAAUUCUUGUGACCACUCUGUUUUAUAAAGCUGUGAUAUUACAAGGAGAAAUUUGCUGCCGAUCACUCUUAGAGUUUAAAGGGUUAAGCCUCUGUGCACUUGUCAGAGGCACCGGGCUCCGACGGACUUUUUUGUGUACAAUAUCUGUUCGGAGAAGCAAAUAUUGCCUAAAAUUUUCUAUUGCUUGGGGACAGCUACAAAUUUUUAGAUGACCGUUCCAUUCAUGUACAAUUUUCGAAACUUCUCUAAUAAAUUCCCUACGAUUUUCUGAAGCUUAAUUUUUUACAUUUCACUCUCCAAGUAAUGCUGUUUUGCGUAGAAAAAAGAAACCUAAAAUUUUCGGAUUCAAAAAUGUGAUAGAGAUAGGAAUCAGGAAAAUUCUCACAUUCAUAAAGCGAUAAAUUGCAUCUAAGAUAUUAGGGAAAGUAAUACUGAAGCCCUUGAUAUUUCAGAAAGACUCACAGUCCCCUAGGAUGACCGAACAGAUACAAAUUUUAUAGCGCCGCUUUUUCUAGAGAUCUAAAACUACUGUGGAUAGCCUAAGAAGUGUUUUCAACGUAUUUAGGAGGAAGCCGUCCUUGGUUGCCCUUGACUUGUAACUGGCUUUUACCUUUUCACACAGCUUCACUUCUCGGGCAAAUGUUUAUUUUUGGGACAAUCUCUCCGCCGCGGGCAUUAUCAUCCGAUACAGCAGUUGUCGGAAGGCGUUUAUUUACUUAUUAACCGCCAGUGUAAACACUGCUGGAGUUCAAUCAGAAAUAUAAAGAAGGUCUAACUUUUGAGGCUGUGAACAAAAUGCUAUCGUGUGACCAUUCAUAAAUGUUCUAAGCAGUUCUGGUACCAUUUGUUCUUCAGUAGUACACUGCAUCUCAAAAUAUGAAAUUGAGGUGUUUGCUUGAGUUUUCACUUCGGCGGCUUUUGUUAGUGAAUGCUUCAAACUAGUUUACCUCCUAAUUGAGGCUCGUUUUUCCUGUUUUUAGGUAUGAGGAAUCCAUCCUUGGGAAUGUUUCAAGGUUUGUCCUGAUGUUCCCUCCUCUCAGACAACCGCUGGCGGAUUGGUGUCGUCACUAACGUUAGCAUGCAUGCGUUCUAAUUCUUGUUUGCCUUUCUUUUCUCGCUCAGUACUGAGUUUUUGUACUUAAAGUCUGUACAGCCAACCUACUUACAGUGAACGCUUUUGUGAAACAGAUUCCCGCCCCUUUAAGAAAGACUCCUCUUGAGCGGAAAUUAACACUUCUGAUCAAAAACAGGGGCACAAUGAGCGCCAAGAACUCUGGGCAAAUUUAGCAAAGACAACGCAACGACAAUUGACAGCACGAAAGCGCUCGGAGAGAUUCUCAAUUUGCCGUCCUGCCAUUGGUCAAGUCGAGGUCAAGUCGGAUUUUAGAUCUGCGCGUGCCGUCUUAUCUCGUACCCAAGAGAUCUGGGUACGAGGUUACGCGCCGUCGUCAUAGUCGUUACGUUGCCUUUGCUAAAGUUGAUGACACAUGGAACGAUUCGCAACGACGAUUUUGAGCGCAACCGAGUGUUGCAACAUAGUUGCGACAUUGUUUUGAAUUGUCAUAACAUUGUUCCAACAUUGUUACCCACAAAAUCAUCAUUGCAAAUCGUCUUGCGUAACAUCUCCUUAAAUCUAUCAGUUGCUAAUAAUUAUAAACUGAUUUUAUCAUUCAAGAGCAAGCACUGUUCCGUCACUAACCAAAGAAUGGAAUGUUCAGUUGCCGUCUUUCAAUUUGAUACAAUUUGGCAUGUCAAAAUCGCCGAAGGUGUCGAAUUUUUGGCAUACCAUUUGGUUGCAGUUAAAAAACCUGGUCGGGUCCUGAGAAGGUGCUUUCUUGUGAUAAUGGUUCGUGAUGAAGACUACCCAAAGAAUUGCGGUGUAUAAAAUGGUGCAGUUUGUUCUCCUUUCUAAAAUUGUUCUUGGAAGGAGUAGUUCUCCAUGACCGUUGUCUCUUCACGCAACAUUUACCAUCACUGGGAUAAACAUUGCGCGAUGAUUCAUCUUUACAACGGCUGUAUAUGCAACAAUUGGUAGGCUACAAGAAGAAGUAUUGUUUUCUAAUUACUUAAAUAGAUUCUGAUAAAUCAGAGAUUAUAGUUUGCGAGCAGUCUCUCAUUUUCUUUAGAUUUAGAGAGGGGCGAGUGGUCAUUUUCGUGUCUCGCGCGUUUCGCGGGACGGACGAAGAACUGAAACGAGAGACUGCUCGUAGUCUGCAGAGAUUAAGUAUGUGAUAGCAAAUAAGGAAACCCCUUUCUUUCCUAAGAUCAGCUUGCUUAAGUAAAUGACCUAAUAAACGCCUAAUUUCUAAUAAACGCCACACUACGCUGUUAACAUUGUAUUAGACGACCUUCUCUAUUAAACGCCCUCUGUAUAAUAUACGGCCCCUAUGAAAAUGACUCGAAAAUACUAAGAAUUAGCAAGAAGGUGCAAAAUCAUUCAAAUUAUUCAGUUUCUUGCUUGAUUAAUGAGGCUUUGUGGAUAUCAUCUUGUUGAAUGUCAAGUUUAAAGCAAGGAUAGACUGACGAUGGCAGCGCAGUAACCGUGAGCGAGAAUUCUGACAUCGAUGUUGACCGGAUAUGAAAGAGCGAUAUGGAUCUCUAGACGACCUAGGAGUAUCAAUUGACAAAGUGGAUAUUCCGCUAUUUCUAAACUCUCUUGAUAAUUUCGCCGAAAGCAUAUUAGUUUUGUUGAGCCUGUUACAGUUAUGCGAAUAAGCGCCUCUCUCUUUCAAACACUUCCUAUCUAUUAAACGUCCCCGCUUGGACCCCUAAAAUUAAAUAGACUUCCCGGGCGUUUAUAAGGUCAUUUACGGGAUGGCUCCCACUGCUCUCUUUGUUCAUAAUCAAAACACAACGGUUUGUGAUCAUUUCCGCUAUUCUCACAGCCUUUUUGUUUGAUAGCACAGGGAU